GGCGCCUGCGCACUGGGCCCAGCGAGUCCUCUAGGACUUACCCAGUAGGCACCACUUCGGUCCGGGUCAAAAUGGCGAGUAGGCCUGCUGUUGCAGCAUCAAGCCGGUGGCUGGAGGGUAUUCGAAAAUGGUAUUACAAUGCUGCUGGGUUCAAUAAACUUGGGUUAAUGCGAGAUGAUACAAUACAUGAGAAUGACGACGUAAAAGAAGCCAUAAGAAGGCUUCCUGAGAACCUUUAUAAUGACCGGGUGUUUCGCAUUAAGAGAGCACUGGACCUGACUAUGAGGCAGCAGAUCUUGCCUAAAGAGCAGUGGACAAAAUAUGAGGAGGACAAAUUCUACCUUGAGCCAUAUCUGAAAGAGGUUAUUCGGGAAAGAAAAGAGAGAGAAGAAUGGGCAAAAAAAUAAUCAUGUAGUUGAAAUCUGUGGUGCAGCUGUCCUCAAAGUAUUUUUAUGAAGUUGGUUAAACCUGAGAUGUACAAUUUAGAACUAUUUGGGCUGCAAGUGUAUUAAUUUAAAUAAAUGUCUAUUGUAAUUAU